AUGUCGGACAAAGAGGACUGCAGCCCAUGGGAGCAGCAAAGAACCUUCGGCGCUGGAGUUAAGAGGAGGAGAAUUGAUUUCGUGGCCGCAGCAGCAGCUCCCACGCAGGCUAUACAACUGGCACGUCGAACCACCCCCUCUAUCUCUCCUGGAGACCGGUAUCUAAAUAUUGUCUUCAAAAAUGGUGCGUCCACCGAGGACCAUGAUUCCACUUCCACCGAGGUCUUUAAACCCGGGAGAAGUGCUACACAACUGCAACCUGACCUGAAAGGACCUUUCUGUGAGAUCUGCAAUCUCCCAAUAGAUGCCAUAGGAGACCCGACAUCCACAGUGUCCACGAAUCACGAGUCCACUAUAGCUCACAUGGUCUGCUUGACUCAUUCGCAUCCACCGUCACAUUUGGAUCGUAGUCGACAAGGGCUCAAGUACCUCUCAUCCUAUGGCUGGGAUCCGGACAGCAGACAAGGAUUGGGCGCAACAGGUAAAGGCGUAAGGGCGCCCAUCAAAGCCAAAGUAAAGAACGAUACUGUGGGACUAGGCGCGAAGACAAAGGGAAACAAAAAGCCCCCAGGCGCGAAGGUAGAGAGAAUGGAUGCGAAGCAAGUUCGGAAGAUGGAUAUGGAGGAUAGGAGAAAGCGGGAAAGGCUGCGGGAGAUGUUUUACAGAAAUGACGACGUGGAAAAGUAUCUCGGUGGUGGAUGA